AUGGAGUCUCGCCCCCCGGCAACCUCUAUCUUUCAACUCCUUACGGCCAAGAACCCCGAAGUUGUUCACAUUGAGCCCGAAAGCAAGAAACUUACAAGUUCGCACAACUAUUUCUAUCCCAAGGAACUCCAACCAUGGGAUGAGUUCAACUUCGAGACACUGGAGGACGUCUUCACGGGUGCUCUGCUGCGUGAGGCCCGCCAAAACGGCCGUUCUCUGCCCGCAUAUCCAACCCUCAUCCCCGAGCUCGAUUGCGUUAUCAGCGACGAGAAGUCAACUAUGAGCUUGAUCAUCAAAUGGAACGAGGCAAUUGUUAACAUGGCUCUGAUAUCUGUUCGAGACGAAUUUCACCCGAGCCUUUGGAACUCUAAGACGAGAAAGCACGAGAAGCAAGACGCCGAGCCUUUUCCAGCCCGUCGGGGGAAGCGCAGACAACCACCGAGGCAUAGCUCCCAAUCCCAUCGCGUGCAAAAGCCGGAGAAGAGUCGCCUGUCUGCGUUGAGACCCGACUCUGGCGCCGUGUACCAUGCCUUAUCACCAGACGAGCAUGGCUCUCCAAAGGCCAAGGAGAGGUUCCCCAAGGAAUACAAGCCGGCAUCGAAAUGGUGUAGCGAACAGUUCUUUCGAAGUGGCUUUCUCAACAACAAGGGGAAAAUGAAGAAGGGAAUGAUAAUGAAGAACUAUUGCAUGCCAAUAAGGCAAGCCUUCACCUACUGCGUCACCCACGCCUGCCGUUACGGAUGCAUCUUGACCUGCGGCGAGGCCUUUAUUUUCCGGGUGAGGCCACGGGCAGGACCUCCUAAGAAAAAUGGCAGUGACAGUCAGGAGGCCCUGACAAAAAGCCUGAGGGAUGAUGGACUCCUCGAGUACGUCUCGAUCCCCUGGACGAACCACUACCAAGGCGAUAUCGACAGUUAUAAAGACCUGACUGCGAACCUGGCACUGUGGUUCGUACACGUUCUCGCGGGGAAUCGCUAUUGGGUCGACUGGAGGUACUCCCCCCUGACUGCCGAGGAGCCGCAAGUAGGUCGGCUGUCCGAAGCGACCACAGAGCCGAGCUUUGAGUCUCGAGAAUCUGACGACGAGUCGGAUAGCUCUGAGACUACCGCGCCAUUGGGCUACACGCCCGUCUCUAUGAAGGAUGGGGAGUAUUCAGUGGGAGAGGAUGCGAUUCAUUUCUCCUUCUCGGAAAGUCACGACUUUACCAAGUAG